AGUGAGUGUUGUUUACUGUCAACUGUACUAUGAAGAUUGAGGAGGUUCAGUCGACCGUCCACUCUACCCGUAUUGCUAGUCACUCCCAUAUCAAGGGGCUUGGGCUUAAGCCGGAUGGGACGGCAGAGCCCAUUGCUAGUGGGUUGGUGGGGCAAGAGAAGGCUAGGGAGGCGGCUGGUGUAGUGGUGGACUUGAUUAAGAGUAGGAAGAUGGCUGGUAGGGCACUUCUAAUGGCAGGAGCACCUGGUACUGGGAAGACAGCUAUUGCGUUGGCUAUUGCUCAUGAGUUGGGGCCUAAGGUGCCCUUCUGCCCUAUGGUGGGUAGUGAGGUCUACAGCUCUGAAGUGAAGAAGACGGAGAUACUCAUGGAGAACUGUAGGAAGGCUAUUGGCAUAAGGAUUAAGGAGACUAAGGAGGUGUAUGAGGGAGAGGUUACUGAGCUCACUCCUGAGGAAAAACCGGACCCAUUAGGGGGCUAUGGCAAGGUCGUAUCUUCCGUGCAGUUGGGCUUGAAGACCAAUAAGGGUUCGAAGACCCUCAAGUUGGCGCCUUCUAUACAUGAACAGCUCACGAAAGAAAAGGUAACUGUUGGGGAUGUUAUUUAUAUAGAAGCUAACUCUGGAGCAGUGAAACGAGUGGGAAGGAGCGACCGAUAUGCUACUGAAUUCGACUUGGAGGCUGAGGAGUACGUGCCUGUCCCCAAGGGAGAUGUCCAUAAGAAGAAGGAGGUGGUCCAGGAUGUUACCUUGCAUGACUUGGAUAUGGCUAAUGCGAGGCCGCAGGGGGGCAACGACAUCGCCUCUGUGAUGGGACAGUUCUUCCGUCAAAGGAAAACUGAAGUCACUGAUAAGCUCAGAGCUGAGAUAAAUAAGGUGGUGAAUAGAUAUAUUGAUCAAGGAAUUGCUGAACUAGUUCCUGGUGUGCUCUUCGUUGACGAGGUGCACAUGUUGGAUAUUGAAUGCUUUACGUAUCUAAACCGUGUUCUGGAGUCCCCCCUCUCCCCUAUCAUCGUAUUUGCGACGAAUAGAGGUGUAUGUACUAUAAGGGGUACGGAGAUUGUCUCUCCACAUGGUAUGCCUGUGGACCUACUAGACCGGCUUGUUAUCAUUCGUACCCUCCCCUACUCAGUCGAUGAGAUCAUCCAGAUAGUCGCUAUCAGAGCCCAGACGGAAGCCUUAUUGUGGGGGAGGAAGCUAUGGAGCUUCUUGGGAAG